AACCCGUGCUCUACUCCAGCGGACUUACCAUCUUAUUUACUCUACCGUUUACCACCCACGCUGUACCGGUUGUUAUGAUCAUCUUGAAGAACCAAAGAGGAAAAUUGCUCCAGGAGAAAAUUGGGUCCUGAAAGGUUUGAAAAGAUGCUUUGUUUCCAUAUAAUUUAUUCAGAGGCAGAAACUUUCACAGUGUUAGUGAGUUUGCACAUUUCAAGUGCACGGUUGCCCCCAGGGCCCAUUCGAUGCUUGACUGUAGUUAUAAAUCCCCUCUACGCAGUGUAGGCUUUGCCGCUCUGCGUCCAGGAUGGAAAAAGAACAAUACGUACGUAUUUCUUGGAAGAGAGGUCAAUUCAGAGAUGUUUUUAUUCCUCUUUCACCUGGGGAUUAAAUUCAUCCUUCAAAACACCUCAAAUAGUAUCUCCUCUGAAACUUUUUACAACUCCCAGCUGUCCCUUCUGUGCCUAUACAGCUCUGUUUCAUCCAUUCAGCAAGUAUUUACUGAGCACUUAUUUGCGAGGCACCGUCCUUUGUUCUCGGGAUAUAGGUUUGGAAAAGGUCACAUAAUCUAGCAUUAUCACGUUGCUAUGAAAUUCCGUGGUUAUGUGUCCUUUACACCCCACCCUCUCUCCUGAUUACGUGAGUACUUUGCUAUUUUGAAGGCAGGAAUGGAGUCCUUUUGGUAUGUGUGUGUCUAGGGCCUGAACCGGAAUCUGAAUGACACACGUUGGUCUUCAUUCCUCCUCCUUAUACCGCCACCACCUCCUGAAGGUAGCAAUUGCCCUCUGCCCAGAUGCUGACCUCAUACUGCGCUUUCUGAUGUGGCCAAUGGACGUUUUCAAGUUACAGUCUCUUGGAGGUGGAAAAGCCCCUUAACCUCAAUGAGUCAAUGUUUGCUGCAGCCGAGUCUAUAGUCACGAGUACUUAUUUGUCUUUAACUGGUUAUUUGACUCACAGGCCAUUCUUGGCAUUCGUCUGCAUUCCGAACUAUGAUUCUUGUUUCUCCCGGCGUAGUUUGGAAGCCCCAAUUUAAUAAUUUCCGAACUAAAUGCAAGGUUACAUUCCAACGGCUUCGAUUCAGGAACUCCUUCCCCCGCCCUCUUCCCUUGAGCAUAUAUGCUUCCGACGCGGAGGGUACCUCACUAGCCCUACAGGUGGCAAGACCAGUCGUACUUUGGGAAUACGGAUAAACCUUCAUCCUCUGCCUCCUGACGAGGAAGUGGCAGGAGUUAGUUGUCUCUUUAAGAGCGUGCUAGAACAGAAGCCGAAGAGUAUCGCGAGAACCGUACAACCAACGACUUCUCGCGAUGUUUACACCGGCAAAGGGUGGCCAUUUUGGAGUCCACCCGGCGGCUGGUUGCCCCGGCGGCGUCUGCCAGCCUGCUGCCGGGACCAAAGCUGGCCCCACCGGUGUCUGCCCUGUGGGCGGCCGCACCAACGCGAUGUGGCGGCUCCGCUGCAAGGCCAAGGAGGGCACCCAUGUUUUGCAGGGGUUGUCCAGCCGGACCCGGGUGCGGGAACUCCAGGGCCAGAUUGCCGCCAUCACCGGGAUCUCCCCCGGCUGUCAGCGAAUCCUCGUCGGAUACCCGCCCGAGUGCCUGGAUCUCAGUAACGGGGAUACCAUACUGGGGGAUUUGCCCAUCCAGUCAGGUGACAUGCUGAUCGUUGAAGAAGACCAAAGUAGGCCCAAAACGUCACCUACAUUUACAAAAUAUGGUGCUCCUAGUUACGUCAGGGAAACUUUGCCUGUACUUACCAGGAUGGCGGUCCCAGCAGACAACUCUUGUCUCUUUACCAGUGUGUACUAUGUUGUUGAAGGAGGAGUCUUGAAUCCAGCUUGUGCCCCUGAGAUGAGACGCCUCAUAGCACAAAUUGUAGGAAGUGAUCCAGACUUCUAUAGUGAGGCAAUACUGGGAAAAACAAAUGAAGAGUACUGUGACUGGAUCAAAAGGGAUGAUACUUGGGGCGGAGCCAUUGAGAUAUCCAUUUUGUCUAAAUUUUACCAAUGUGAAAUAUGUGUAGUGGAUACACAGACUGUACGAAUUGACCGUUUUGGGGAAGAUGCAGGAUAUACCAAAAGGGUCCUUCUCAUUUAUGAUGGCAUCCACUAUGAUCCACUUCAGCGUGUCUUCCCUGACCCAGACACCCCUCCUCUGACUAUUUUCUCCUCUUAUGAUGAUAUUGUUCUUGUGCAAGCACUGGAAUUAGCAGAUGAAGCUAGAAAGAAGAGACAGUUUACUGAUGUAAACCGCUUCACCCUGAGAUGCAUGGUAUGUCAGAAGGGAUUAACUGGACAAGCAGAAGCAAGGGACCAUGCCAAGGAGACAGGCCAUACCAACUUCGGAGAAGUGUGAUCCAUGCAUGAUGAGGAUUGAAGCCUACUACCUCACAGAUCCAGAAGGCUCUGGGUUUUCCAAUAAGCUAUUUGUUACCCUUAAGAACAAAAGAACACAAUGCUUGAACCAUCCUUUUAACCUUAAACCACUAAGACACUGAAUUCCUUGUUAAGAUUAAAAUUAGUGUGCAAGUUUACAGAUGUGUGUCUACAGCGGUGAUACAGCCCUCGUCCUGCUUGGGUGACAGCAUAGGUAGUCCUUGCUACCUACUGACACUGACCUGAAGAUUGAGUUUUAGUAUUAUAAACUAGCACCCAGCAGCAUUAACUUGUAGAAGAAAACAACUUCCUAUUUGGGGUAAUGCGGAAGGCUUCAGGUGAGGCCACUGGACAUAAACCACAGUGUCUCCAGUAAUUGGGUCUUUUUAGAAACUCUGAGUGGAUUAAUAGUUUCUAUGUUAUGAAUUGAUUCCUCAAAUGAAGAUACUCAGAAUUGUUAAAACUGAUUUCAUAUUGCAAUUUGGUAGACUUUAUAAAUGUGUACUUCACCAGUUGUUAUAAGUAGAUAACAUGCAAUUUUUACAGAGAUGAGUCUACUCCUUGAGAAUAUUACCUAAAAUCAAGAACUUAUAUGCUCAGUUAAGAAUUUCUAGUAUAUAAAAGAGAAUGUACAAGGGAAGAGGUGCCUGAGCAGCUUACUGAAGCUUUAAAAGACCAUGGGCCUCAUGUUUUAAUGCAACUCAUUUAUUCAUCUGUCAAGUUGGAUAAAACGUUAAAAUUAAGCAGGAUUUUUUUUUUUAAUUGAACUUCCUUGAAACUUGAGUGCUCAAUUUUUGCCUUUUUAACUAAAGAUUUGUUUGGAGGGAUUUAAUUUCCUCAGCUUUUUGUUAAGAGCAUUUCCUCCAAGUCCUAAAAUAACUUUUCAUCUAAAAUAAUAACAGCAUGCUUUCAUUUGGUUUUUGAGAGAUCUUUUGCUUACCUAAACAGUAUUUGUUUUCAUGCUAGCUGUGUCAAACCACUCUUAAAUGAUUUCAUGUUUCUGAAAAUUAAUACUUUGUUUAUCCACCAUCUUUUACGUUGACUUUUGCAGAGUUUUAAAGUAACUGGGAUAAUAACAUUGAAUGAAUUUGUUUCACUUACAAAAUAUGCCAGUUUUUAAAUCUUUGCCUUAUUCAGCCUUCUCAGAAUUCUGCUUCUUACUAGUAUUAGAUCUGUAGCCAUUUGCUUGGUGGGCUAAUCCACGAGGCAUACCCUCUAAAACUUAGCUUCACUAUGAGAUCUUCCAGAUAAGUGUUCUACCUCUUAAUUCUUCUGAAGAUCAGGGAUGCUAAAUUAUAAUUUGUUAUGCAUUAUCUUACAUAAUGUAAAGAGGCUUAAUGUUGUGAAGUUUUGUUAUCUUGGUCUCGUUUUUUAUUAUCUUACUUAGAAAACCAAUGGUAUGGGAAUUCCCUGGCAGUCCAGUGGUAAGAACUCUACCCUUUCAUUGCCAAGGGCACAGUUCACUCCCUUGUUGGGGAGCUAAGUCCCACAAGCUUCAUGGAGUGACCAAAAAAAAAAACAACCUAAUGGUAUACCUUAAAGCACUUAUAUCUUUUUUAGCAUGUCUUCUUGGCAAAUGUUUCAGAAUUGAGAUUUCCUCUUAGGGCUUUCGCUUGGUAGAAGUGAUCGUAUAAAAUUAAGGAGUAUGUAAACAAUUUAGGAGAAAAGUAUCUUUAAGGAGCAAAUCACAAAAUAUACUUUAAAUCGUUAUAUGACAUUUCUUGAGUAUGUUUUGUGUGAAUAGGACUUUUAGGAUAAUAACAAUAAGUUAUUAUCAUCAGUUUAACUCAAAAGUGUUUAAUUUUCUAUUUUACUGAGCCUUAAAAUAGCGCUUAUGAGCUUGUGAAAUUUGAUGUUUGGCAGUCAUAAUGUGUACAAAUGAAUAUGAUUGAAAAUCUCUUUGUACCUGUAUGUCAUCUGGUCUAAAAGGAUUUUGUAUCUCUUAAUUCCCCCAGACAAAUUUAAAGCUGUAAGUUAAGAGUAUACCACUGGGUAACACCAAUCCAGUUGAGCUUUAUGCAUUAUUAUUCAUAAACCUUGCCUUCCUUUCCUAAGUAUUUCAAGGGCCAAACUUGAUACUUGCUUACUGGAAUUUUAGAGAAGUUUAUUCAUCCAACAAAUAUUUAUUGAGUAAUUUAUUAUAUACCAGGCGUAUAUUGAUGUUUCCAAACAUAAAUUUUGUUGCUUUAAAAUUGAGUAUACUUUUAUCUACAUUUGAUUUUAAUUUUAACAAGGGAGGGAUAUAGAACUGGAUAUUUUAUAAAAUUAAGCUUAUUUUAAAUGUUUUUGUUUGCAUAUUUAAGCUUAUGCUUUUAUAACAAGUGUCAACUAUUUAUUUAGGGGAUCUUAUUCUAUUUUAUUAUACCUGUUAACUAGUUUGUGCAUUCCUCAGUUGGACACUGAAAGGUCACUCUCAGUAAUGACUUAUUUAAUCAGCUGCUGAAAUUCAGCAAUAGGACUUUUUUAAGUAAUGUUCUGAUCAUGGGAUAUUCAAGAUGAAGCACUGUUUGCAGAACAUUUUAAUUUAAUUGUGGAGGAUUAAAAACCUAAACUUGUACUUACUCAGAAUUCAAGCUGGUAAGCCUCACAGAAGCUAUAAGAUUUUUUAAAUUGCACUUGUACUCUGAAUGGAGAAGGGAAUGGCAACCCAUUUCAGUAUUCUUGCCUAGAGAAUCCCAUGGAAAGGGGAGCCUGGCAGGCUCCCAUGGGGUCGCAGAGUCGGACAUGACUGAGCGCCUAACACUAUACACUUGAAGUUAGUUAAUGUACGUAAAUUCUAGUCUUGAGAAAUUUAACACAUUGCACCAAGAUGAAAAGAAACUUUUUCUUACAUUUGCACUUGAGCAGAGCGAAACCUUUCUUCCUAUUCAUUCAGGUUUUGACUGCCUUGCAAGAAUUUUUUUUAUUAAAAUGAGGUUAGAUGAACCAAGGUUGUGCUUUCCUGUCCCCUACUCCUCCUUUCCUGACUCUUCUUUCCCUUACUCUUCUUUGGAUUUAAAGAUUAGAUGUAGGGCUAUGAAUGCACUUCUGGAUAGAGUGAUUUCAGAAAUUAAAAUUAAUGUCCCGGGAAUUUGUGAUGUGAUAGCCAUGUGAAGACAUCAAUGUGGUACAGCUACUGUUAGUAGUUCAUGGCUGCUUUCUUGUUUCUCAUGAAUGGAUCAUGGGCACAGUCAAGUGAUAGCCUUGCAAGUUUGGGGGCUGGUCAGCUUGACCCUGUUGGCAAAAACAAAUAUUGACAUACCACUUGAUUAUUCCAUGAAGUUCAAGUCCCAGUGAAAUCUUAAUCAGGAAUGAAUUAAUAUAUUUAUACAUUCCUGUAAAUGCCCGUGCCUAAUUUGCAUGUUAAGCUUACUCUUUCUAUCUUGUAUAGGCAUUAAAACAGGAAAGUUGUAAGUUCCCUUCUAGCUGAACAUACUUUUCUAUGUCUUUGGUGAAAAAAAUUGAAUGGGGAAUAUACAAGAUUAGCAGCACAGUGAUUUUUUUUUUUUUCUUUUAUGUGUCAGGUGGCCUUUCAUAUAUUAGGAUUUUCAUGUUUUUUCAUGUAUUGAGAACACAAAUCUGUUGUUAUUGCAGCACUUUAAAAAUAUGAAAAGUUUACGUGUUAGCCCUCUCUGACGAUCUUGUCAGACAUUAAAAUAUAGUUCUUGAGCUGCCAACAAUCAGCUCUUCUUAAUUAAAAGUUACCAUCAGUGAAUAGUGUAUCCAGUGGUACAACAUUCUGGUAAUUCUCUAAUAGUAAAACUCCGUUUCAGUAACUAUUAGGAGCAUGCUCUGUGCCCUAGCAUUCAAAAUGUUACUUAUUUCUAUAAUGUGAUUGUUCUUUAUUCAUUGUACAAUGCAGUAUUCAAAUUUGUCCUUGUAGCUCAAAGAUGACUACUGCAACUUUUGAAAAUGUUAGAUUUUUUUUUUUUUUUUGAAAAUGUUAGAUUCUUAAAACCCUUCAUUUGUUUCUAAGCAGACUUAUGAUUUUGAGCUGAUUUUUGAGUCAGAGGCCUUAAAAGUCAUAUAUAAGCAACAUCAUUAAGUCUAAAGUGAAACACUUGGUUUGAAUAAGCUAGUUUAUUAACUAAGGAUGUUUUCUUACUAGGAGUUAUGAUAUUUAGCAUUUAGCACAUUUCACCCAGCUUAAAAAGAUUAUAAAACUUCCCUGAUUGUAGGAAAAAUUUCUUUAAUUUUCCAUCUCCAAAACUUAGCUUGCGUUUUGUUUACAGUGCUUUGAAUAUUUGAAAAAAUCACAUUGAUACUGAAUUGUGGAGUGCUGGUUUAAGUCUUGGUUGGUAGAAUUUAGAGGAGAUUAAUAACCCUCCCAUGCUGCUUUAGAAUAAAGGAAGAAAGGGGCAGGAAGAUAAAGUGCCACAUAAACAGAAGAGCUGCUCAAAUGAAUGCAUUCCUACUCUUGAAUUAUGCUUUUCAGAAAAUGUUUCAGGCAAUGCCUUUGUGUCAUCUUAACCCGUUCACGUUUCUUGGCAUAGACUGUAGCAAGGCCAUAACAGAAAGAAAGGCUUGUCAGUAAAGCAUUGAAACAUGACUAUAAGCAUUUUGCUAUGAUGCCUUUUUAUACUUGUUUUUUAAAAUGCACACCUACAUCUAAAGAGUUUGGAGAUAGUGAAAUUAUGAUUUAGUUACAUUGUGGGCAAACAGGUUAACCUAGGAGAGGUUUACAGUUUCCUCUCAGAUUCCAUGAGCCUGCCUGGAAUAGGAGACGUAGUUAGCUGUUGCCCAUAAGUUACUUAAAGGACCAGGGCUCUUGAUCUUGUCUGUUUUCCAGUUUACCUCGGUGCCAUUUAUCACAUAAACUGUUUACAGGAAAUAUAAUUUCCCUAGCAAAAAGUAACAUUUUUCCUUUAAAAGAGUAUUAAGUUUAAAGAAUAAAUAUAAUUUGUCAAAAGGAAUAGAGAAUGGCAGUAGUCCUAUAUUUCCUGUAUUAAUGCAACAGGUUGAAAUUCCUGAAGCAAUGAGGAACCUACAAAACUGUCAAACUUAGAGCUUUAAAAUAUGACUUGAAAAGUAAUAGAGAAGGACAAAUAGAACAAAGUUCUGUUUCUCUUGGCAUAAAAUAUUUUUUUCUUAAUGAAGAUGGACAGUGCUUCCUUGGUUUAAAAACAUUUUGUCCAUUUGCCAGCAUUUUUUCAAGUUAAUGCACUAUUGCUACUACCUGAGAGAUGCCUAAUUUUGUUUUAUGUAACUUAUGCGAUUUUACCAUUGUCAUUAAGAUGCAUUGAUUUUAUUUGUGAGGUGUAUGAUUUUAAAUACCUAAAUGCUGUAUGAAAUGACUUGUUUUGAAGAAAUAAAUGAAGUGAAAAUA